AUGCCUCCCAAUCACUAUCUCCACAUUGCUUUGAAACUUCUCCAAUUUGACUCUGUACGGAACAUCAUAGUACGCGGCGCCAAGACAGCCAUGGCCCCACGCCCCAAAGAGCUCUACCCACCACAGGACGCGUCCGACACCGAGAUCGACGAACGAAGCCCUGGGACCCACAACCCCAUCACGGUUCCAGAGGAUCAGAGCGUAGCAACACGAACGUCGUACAUGCCUCGCAGUCUCGAAGAUACCGCCAAGUUGGUGCGUUCCGAGGAUCCUGGCGAACGAGCGCUUGGACAGACCCUGCAAUGCUAUCAGAUGCAGUUGAUGUUGCUGGAGCAACAAUACAAACGCUACAAAUCGCGGUUAGAGGAAGAGCGGAAAGCUUCUGAGUCAGGAUCGUCCUAG